UAAAAACUCUCUUCACAAAAUUUUCUCAUUCAUUUCUUCUCAUCCUAAUUUCUUCAUCUUCUUCAUCUUCUUCACAGUUCUUCAAAAUGUUGAGCGCUACAGAAGCUCGUAACAUCGUUGGAAUCAUCGGAAAUAUCAUUUCAUUUGGUCUCUUUCUUUCACCGGUACCAACCUUUUACAAAAUCUAUAAGAGCAAAUCGGUGGAGGAGUUCAAACCAGAUCCUUACAUUGCAACAGUGUUGAACUGUAUGUUUUGGGUUUUCUACGGAACGGAUUGGGUUCAUCCAGAUAGCACUUUGAUUGUCACCAUUAAUGGCAUUGGCCUCGUCAUUGAGCUUUUUUAUUUGGCUUUCUUCUGUUGGUAUGCUGAAUCGAAAGCACGGAAAAAAGUUGGUAUUUGCCUUGUGAUUGAAGUAGUUUUCGUGGGCAUUGUUGCUCUAAUAACUCUUUUAACCUUACAUGGAACCAAGAAAAGAUCAUUGUUGGUUGGAAUCAUAUGUGACAUUUUCAACGUUAUAAUGUAUGCUUCUCCUCUAACCAUCAUGGCAAAGGUGAUAAAGACAAAGAGUGUUAAGUAUAUGCCAUUUACUCUUUCACUAGCCAACUUCCUCAAUGGUUGCAUUUGGACUGCUUAUGCUCUUAUCAAGUUUGAUAUCUAUGUCCUUGUUAGCAAUGGUCUUGGGGCAAUUUCGGGUCUUCUUCAACUUAUUCUCUAUGGAUUUUACUCGGGAUGCCGUCCAAAGAAGGAAGAAACUGAUCCCAAAACAAGUGAAGUUCAGCUCUCCGCUGCAUGAUCACACCA